AACUGAAGGUUUCCAUAGAGACGCAGUUAUCUCCAAAAUGCUAGCUGGAUGAAAAGCUUUUACAGGUUCAAAAGCAAGGACCAGCAGUAGAGAUGUCUCAGUUGUCAGCUGAGGACGAAGCAGAGUUGCAGUCGCUGCUCAAGCAGCUAUUGAGAAGCGUCAACGACAGGAUCUCUGGUGCUCCGUCGACCGAAUGUGCGGAAGAGAUCCUGCUUCACCUGGAGGAGACUGACAAGAACUUCCACAAUUAUGAGUUUGUCAAAUAUCUCCGUCAGUAUGUGGAGAGUUCACUGGGGACUGUGGUGGAAGAAGAGACCAAAAACUUGACCAGACCAGAUGGACAACAUGCAAUAGGCUCAGGUCAUGACACCCUGAUCCACGCUGUCACCCGGAGGACCAGAGACUCAGCUGAGUACCAGCAGAUGAUGCAAACAUUGAAAAACACCAUGAUCAUGGUGGUGGAGUCUUUAAUCAACAAAUUUGAGGAGGACCAGAUGAGGAAGGAGGAGAUGCACCGAGAGAAGCAGCACAGUCAGUCCAACAGUCAGUACACAGACAACUGCUCCGACAGCGACUCCUCCUUCAACCAGAGUUAUGCAUUCAUCAGACAAGAGCAGCUGCAGGCGUUGGCUGAAAAACUUGACUCCAGCAGACCCAAAGAGGUGCGUUGGGAGGCCCUCCAGGCGCUCUGCUGUGCCCCGCCCUCUGACGUGCUGAGCUGUGAGAGCUGGAGCAGCCUGCGCAGGAGUCUCUCUGCAGCUCUGAGCGAGCCCGACCUCAGCGAUCAUGUCCUGCAGUUCUUUGCUAAAAGCUUCUCCUCCUGUCCACUGAAUGUGACACGAGAGAUCUACACCAGCUUGGCUAAAAGUGUGGAGUCAAGUUUUCUGUCUCACAAGCUGAGCUUUCCAACUGGCUCAGCCGUCGUCGACAUCAACAGACCUGAGAUCAGUCGCCUUCUCAAACAGAUUCGACUGAUGAAUGACUUUCAAAGGGAGGUGACAACCUUUUGGAUCCGGCAUCCAGAGAAAUACAUGGAGGAAGUUAUAGAGAGCACCUUCUCCCUGCUGUCCUGUUAUCAUGACCAUGGCUCAGCCCCACCAGGGACAGAGAAAGCCCUGGAGCCCAUUCACCUGCUGGCCUUACUCGACGUUAAAGCCACAUGGUUUAAUAAGUGGAUGCAUGGGUACUACAGUCGGACUGUGGUUCUCAGACUCCUGGAGAGAAAAUACAAGUCUCUGAUAGUAGCAGCUCUUCAGCAGUGUAUCCACUACAGUGAAUCCUUUGAGCGUUCCCCAAAUGAGACAACUGAUCCCCAGUCAACGGAGCAGCAGAACACUGGUUCGGUCCAGAGGAGUGUUUACACAGGAAAAGAGCUUGAAUAUGCCUUCUUUGUCCACUCGCUGUGUGUCCUGGGGAAACUCCUCAUCUACUCCAACGGCAGAAAGCUCUUUCCCAUCAGAGUGAGAAAACGCAAAGAUCCAGUCAGCCUGACAGACCUGGUGGUCAUCCUGAUAAACAUCAUGUACCAACACCCCAAACCUCUGCACAGUGACACCUCACACACAGACUCCCUGUCGCCCAGCGGUCUGGCCAUAGAGGUGCUGUGGAUGCUGUGUGAGAGGACAGAGUGUGCAGCAGAGUGUCUCUACCAGACCCCUGUAAUAGAGACCCUGCUGGCUCCUGUUAUAGCUCUGCUCAAUGGACAGCAGUCCAAAUUAAAAUCUCCUGCAGCAACGCUGACUCUCAUCGCUGAUGUCCUGGCUCGCAUCGCAAACACAGACAGAGGAUUAGCUCUCUUCUUAUACGAGAAGAAUCUAGUCGUAGCCCACAGUGAGAGAACCUUUCCCGCUCAUGUCAUCGUACAGUUCACCCUCAGGCUGUUGGAAAAGGAGCUCUCAUCGCUAAGUGAAUCCGACGUGUCCCACACGUCAUGCGGAGCCUUUAUCUUCGUCUGUAGGCAGAUCUACAACACCUGUGAGGGUUUGCAGGUGCUCCGACCCUACGGCCUGCACAAGGCUGUGGCUGCUGCAUGGAAAAAGACCAGUUCCUUGUCUGAAAGGGUUCCAACGCCUGUACCCGGAGCAACUGUUGGAACAUCCACCCAGGAGCUGCAGAACAUGCUCAUCUGGGAGGAGACGUUGUUGGACAGCCUGCUGAACUUUUCUGCAACUCCAAAAGGCCUGCUGCUGCUCCAGCAGACAGGAGCCAUCAACGAGUGCGUCUCCUACAUGUUCUCUCGCUUUACUAAAAAACUACAGGUGAGCCGAUGUGAAAAGUUUGGUUAUGGGACGAUGGUGACACAAGUUGCAGCGACAGCUCCAGGGGUGGCGGCGUUGCACAGUUCAGGUUUUGUCCGGGCACUGGUGGUGGAGCUGUGGUCUGUUCUUGAAUGCGGCAGUGAAGACGUCGGGGUGGUCCGUCCCAAGCCCACUCCAAUGGAGCCCAUAGACAGGAGCUGCCUCAAGUCCUUCCUGUCCUUGGUCAACCUGCUCUCCUCUUCCCAGUCGGUGUGGGAGCUCCUGGGUCGGCAGCCUUUAGCCAACAAGAGUGAAUACACCCUGAGAGAGAUGCCGACCUCCAUUCCUGAUCUGAUUGACAGGCUGAUAGCUGUGAAUUCAGAUGCAAAGAUUCAUUCCCUCUUCCACUAUGAGCAGUCUCACACAUUCGGCCUGAGACUGCUCAGUGUGCUGUGCUGUAAUCUGGACUCCUUCCUGCUGCUGGAGAGCCAGUUCAACAUCUGCUCCAUGCUGCUGCAGAGUCAGAGGGACAACGUGACGGAGCUGGACACCGACAGAGGGGAGUUCAUCAUAGACAACGUAUCAGUGGAGAGGACUCAUGUGCUGGUUCGUGUAGGAGCGGUGGGAGGUCCGUCUGAGAGGAAGCUUCCUCCUCGAGCACUACAAGAGGGAGAAGAUCCUUUCCCCUGGCCCAUGUUUUCCAGUUACCCUCUGCCUCACUGCUACACUUUGGACCCACCAAAGAUCCACCAUAGCUCACAGGAGGCUGAGAUCAGCACAUUUUUGGCAUCUUCCAAAGACUUCAAGAAUGAGGAGAAGUGGAUGGAGAUCUGCAGGAGACAGUACUGUAAAGCCAUGACCUCCAAACCAAACGUCUUAACUGGAAAAGUGCUGGCUGACCUUCUGGAGAAGGUUGUGGCCCGUCUAUCCAACUCCGGCACAGAGUGCUUCUUCUCUCCGGCUCAGUACAAAGCAGAGGAGAAGAGUUUGAAGGGUGCUGUAUUAUCAUCUGUGGAGCAGCUGGGAAUCAACACCUGUCUCAGGUACGGCAGCUUCUUGAAACUGCUGCCAGAAGAUGCUGUGAACAAGCUGACGCUGCUGAUCAAACAUAUUAAGACCUUCUUGUCCACCCAGAGAAUCAAAUCUGCUUCACAGCUCAUCACUCAGCAGGACGGUUAUCCAGGACACGACUGGCUGGCCUCCACGGUGUUCCUCGCCAUGGCUGGAGACGUGGACCGAUCGCUGGGUUUGCUGCUCAACCUGUCCUCUCUGCUAACCUCUGCGUUCAUAUGGCCAGCAAGGAUUCACGCCUCUGUCCAUGUUCCUGUGGAUGUAGCUGAAUCAGGAAUCUCUCCGGUUUACUGGUGCACGGCUCACUACGUGGAGAUGCUGCUGAAAGCUGAAGUUCCUCUCGUCCACUCGGCCUUCAGGAUGUCUGGCUUCACUCCGUCACAGAUGUGCCUCCACUGGUUGACUCAGUGUUUCUGGAACUAUCUGGACUGGACAGAGAUCUGCCACUACGUGUCCACCUGUGUGGUGAUGGGUCCUGACUACCAGGUGUACAUGUGCGUUGCCGUAUUCAAACAUCUGCAGCCAGAUAUCCUGCAGCGCACACAGUCCCAGGAGCUGCAGGUCUUCCUCAAGGAGGAGCCAAUCCAGGGCUUCAAGGUCAGUGACUACCUGGAGCUGAUGGAGGGACUGGAGCGCAGCUACAGACACGUCGUUCUCACCGACAUGAAAACCAUCCGCAACCCCGUCGAGAAUAAAUGGUCAAAACGCAUAAUAUUGUCCAGACGAAUUAACAAUCCUGAGAUCAGAUCCUCUGCAGGCCGGUGGAGUCCGGCCGUCUCGUGGCGAUGACACACACCAUUAAUGCCGAGACACGCAUCGAUGCAGCACACAGCCUCUCCUGGUUGUGUACUUAUGCAGGUCUUUGUAUGAAAGAUGCAUGAGGAAGGUUGUAUCAUUGUGAUAAACCC